AUGUAUAACCGUCCAAGUUCCAAACCUAGAUAUUAAUAACAGCCUACUGUGGAUUCAAUUAAUCUUAAAGAAAAAUAAUUAUACUUAUAAUCAAGCAGCAUAAGUAAAUCAACUGAUCAUUUAUUAAAAUUCUAGAUCCAUUAACAGGUGCCGUCUUGAGACCUGAUUAAUAAUACAAUCAAUAGCAGUAGAAUAAUAAUGCUAAUUUUGAUAAAAAAAUAGCCUUAUAAGCCAGCUCUAUUAGUAUAUUCAUAAUCAAACCUUAGAUCCUCUUACUGGUGCUCCUUUAGUCAGAAAUCCAAUUAGUUAUCAAACAGAGUCAAUCUAAUAAAAAAACACACCCUAUGGUGUCCAAUAAAAUGCAAAUAGCUAUACCACAUCAUCAGGCUAAAUAGGAUCUGGUGCAAAUACUAAUGAUGCCUAAUUUCAAAAGAAUAUGAUUAAAUUUUUUGCAGCUGAUGACCCAAAUCCAAUAUAAUAAAAAUCUCAAUAAAAAUCCAAUAAUGCCUUACCAUCAGAUCCUUAAUUUUAAAAGAAUCUGGUUAAAUUUUUUGCUGCCGAUGAUCCCUCUCAACCCCAGAAAUAUAAUAAUCUUAGACAGAGUAAUUCUAGAUCAAAUAAUUAAUAUCCACAAUAAGGAAAUUAGUAAAAUCAAGGAUAAUAGACAAAAAUUUAAAAUGAUCAAUAAUUUCAACAAAACUUAAAUAGAUUCUUUGCUGCAGAUGAUCCUACUUAAAUUAGAAAAACUCCUUCUAAAAAUUAGUAUCCAAGUCCUAGUCUUAGUCAACAGAAAUACCAACCAUUUAAUGAAGCUCCUCCUGAUCCAAGAUUGGUGAAUGAUCCCAGUUUCUAAAAAAAUCUUAACAAAUUUUAUGCUGCUGAUGACCCUUCUUAACCCAAAAAAUAGGUUUCUAAAUAAUCUCAAUAAUAAUAAUAAUUAAAUGCUAUUGAGUAAAAUAAACUCUAAAGAUUAGAAUAGGAUCCUAGAUUCUAAAAAAAUCUUUAACAAUUUUUUGGAAUAGAAGGUGUAUCUCAGCAAUAAAGGAAUGGCUAAUAGUAAAUCAUUUUCUUAUUAUUCUAGAAACAUUUAAGACACUCUACAGCAAAACAACAAUAAAUCUUCCAAAGUAAUUGCAAUUACUGAUAGCAGUUCAGCAGCAAGAAAUCAAGUGGCAGGUUUCUUCAGAGCAAGAGGUGUAGAAGAUUUUGACGUAUUUACAAAUCCUGGAGGAGUCUUUGGGUUACAAAAUAAUCCAGUUUAAGAGCAAAGUUUGAAGUAUUACUUAGAUACAAUGAGCAAUGCAUAUAUCAUUAAGGAAGUUUAUAUCAUUUCUGUUCUUGACAACAAUAGUGUAUAUUAUAUAUUCAUUAUUGUAGAAUGUAAGAAUAUACUCUAGUUUGAAUGAUAAAAGGUCUCAUUAGAUAGCAAUCUAAGAUUUAAAGACGGUUUUGGAGAAUAAAUUUAAUGUUUAAUAAAAAUUGCAUGGAAUCAUUAUAGAUUAAAGAGGAGCAUCAGAAAAAGCAUUUUGAAAAAAAUAAUCAAAU